AGAAAAAACAUCGAUAUUCGCAACACCACACUCGAAAUGGGGCGGAGCAACGGCAGCAGUAAGUGGUCUACGGCGGUGGUUGUGGCAUUCUGCGCCACCGUGAUGGUGAUGCUACCGGAAGUCACCGCCAAGCGGUAUAUUGUCGGAGGAAAUAUGGGCUGGACUUCAAACGUUAACUACACUCUGUGGGCCGGAAACCAAACGUUCUACUUCGGCGACUGGCUCUUUUUUGUGUACGAUAGGAACCAGAACGACAUACUCGAAGUGAACAAAACCAACUACGAAACCUGCAACGCCGAGCAUCCCGUUCACAAUUACACAACCGGAGCCGGAAGAGACGUGGUGGAACUGAACGUCACCCACGACCGUUACUUCAUCAGUAGCAAAGGAUCCUGCUACGGCGGCAUGAAAUUACACGUACACCUCACAAAGCUACCGCCACCUCCACGUGCUGCCCCAGUAAAGAGUCACGCUUCAAGAUUCGGUGGUCUCAGACGCCAACUCGUGAUCCCGACCGUCUUCGCCGUCGCGGCCAUCUGGGAUUCGCUGCUUCUCCGUCUCUGAUCAAGAACUCGAAGUCGAGAUAGGUAUAGGUGAAAUGGACCCAAACUGGGUGCAUUUCGAAUUGGGUGUUCUCUUAAUUAUUUUGAAUUUGGGUGUUGAAUUUGUUUGUUAAUUUGACCAAAAAACUGAAAAUUGGAAAUUGAUUUAUGGGUUUGAUGAAUGGAUGUAAUUGAAAACAUUAAAUUCUUAUUGGAGCAUUUAUUUAUUU